UUCCUCUCUAUGUUCUCUUUCUCUUGAGUUUUCCUUCUGCAACAGAAAUCGAGCCAUGACUUGAUGUGUUAUCUAAUCCCGCUAAUCCAGUUACCAAAAAUUCCAUUAUCUUCUUCUCUCUAUUCUGCAUAUGCAUUAGUAAUACUUGCUUUGAUUAUGACUUUCAGAAUUAUGGUUUAACUUAGCUGGCUGCUUUCAUAAACGUAUUUCGGCAGGUGGUUUUGCAGGUCAUGGACAGGCUUAGGGUUCGAGAUGGAAGAAAAGAAAACCGUGGAAUCUAUCAAAGUAAGACUACUAUUUUUUUAGGGUAUUGAUUUGAUCUAAUUUGGGUUUGUUUUGUUGUGUGAAUUUUAGCAAGGAGGUUAUCAAUUGCACAAGUUCUGAUUGUGAUUUCUCAAAAACAGAAAUCUGCUCUUAAUGGAUAAUAAGAUUUUCAUGAAUUUCAUAGUUUGGGGAAUAAUUGGUGGUGAAUUAUACAGGGGUGGUACCUAAGAACCUUAUAUGGAAGUUUGAGCCAUUGUUCCACGAGGGUUAUAAUUACUUUCUUAAGCGGCUCAACAUUUGCCUCUACGAAACCCAAUUUGCACCCGUCACUGGAUGAACGCCAAUACGCCAUGCUAUUUAACUUUUCUUUUCCUGACCUGCAAUCGCACCUCAACAACACUUAUCUGACUGGGGUAAAUAUGGAAAGUACAGACCCGGCCCGGCCGCGUUUGAAAACCCUAGUGGCCUUAUAUAAAUAGACUACGAUGGAUGUGAAGGAUCUCCAUUCCGCUUUGAACCUCCUACCGCUACCUCUUCCUUGUUGUAAAAUUUCCGACUGAAUUAGAUUCUGGCCUCCGGUCUGCUUCUCAUCAGAGCAACAACCACCUCUAGGCGGAAGAGAUCUGAAGUUUGUUUCUCUCUUUCCACAACAAAUUGUGUAGGGACAAUGGAAUGCAAAGGGGGUACUGAAGUGCAAGCGGUUGCCGCACCUGGCAAUAAAAAAACCUCUGCAGUCAACAGGAACAAAGGGAGCUAUGGUGAUGAUAUCUCUAGUUCAAUCCAUUGUCUUCUUCUGAAUAAGGAUAACCUUGUCGGUGCUGGUAACUCUAGCUGCAGUAAUAGGCUUGAUGAUGAUACAAUAGUUUGCGAGAUGCUAAGUAGACUCCCUGUGAAGUCGCUGACACGGUUCAAGUGCGUAUGCAAACAUUGGUUGUAUUUGAUCGAACAAGACCCAUACUUCAUUGAUUUACAUCUUAGUCGAUCAAAUACACGCACAUCUCUUUUCUAUGUGAUUUCACCGUCAACAAAGGAUCAGCGCGACGCAAAAUUCACACAUAAGGGACAUGAUCAGUUUCUCUUGACGGCAGAUUUAUCUUUUGAAGGGGUAGGCAGAGUAGAGGUCCAGACCAUAAGGAAGACAAAUAUGUUCCGUUGUAAUCAAAUUUUGGGAUCCAUAAAUGGUUUGAUAUGUUUCGUCGACACAAACAAGUAUGCUGUUCGCAUAUAUAAUAUCAGCACAAGAGAAGCAUCGCCGUGGAUACAUUCAAAAUUAUUACUAAAUGAGAAGGAAAAGCAUCCUACCAUAGAUACACAACGUAUUCAUGGUACAAGCUAUAGAUUUGGAUAUGAUCCAGCCACCAAGGAAUACAAAGUGUUAUGUAUCUGGCGUAUAACUUUCAGAAAAGCCGGAUUAUCGCUAAAAGGAGAAAACGACGUCGUUGACGACUAUGACAAAAUUUCAGUCUGCGAGAUCUUGACUUCAGGCAAUAGUACAUGGAGAAAAAUUGAUGCCGUGCCACCUUGUAAUCUAGGGGAAGGUAUUCCCGAUGUGUACGCAAAUGGCUCUAUUUAUUGGUGCACUAAGAUGUGGCUCGGUUGUCCUAUAAGCAUAGCAGCAUUUGAUUUUGGAACUGAGAAGUUUAGAAUGAUCGAAAUCCCUAAACUCAUUCGGGAUCAACCUUUGGAUCCUGAUCCACUUUACCACCACUACGUUAGUCUAUUGGAAUUGGAUGGAUGUUUAGGUAUAAUUCGUAGAAUAAGUGAUUACGUUUGCAAGCUAUGGAUAUUUAAUGAUGAUCAUCAUCGUCAAAGAGACAACGAGAAGGUGGGUGGUGAAAUCUGGAGUGAAGAGACUAUCCCUUUACCUUUUCCUUGGGAUAGAACCCGGUGGCUUUAUUUUAGUGAGGUUGUUGGGACAUAUGAGUUAAUCUUAAGAGACUAUCAAAUUGUUGGGGGACGCAUAAGCCGUAUCCCUCUUUAUUCUUACCAUCGGAAAGAAAAGAGUUUCAAAGAGAUUAAAACCGAUGGCUCCCCCUUUUUAGAUCCAGAUGCUUACUCUUUUGAAAAGCUUACAACAUAUGUGGAAAACCUUGUACCUGUUCGACAGCAGAGAAGAAACAAUUAGUGAUAAUCUAGUCUGAUCAUAAAGCGGGGCACGGCUUACUUUUAAUAUCUGGUUACUCUUUUUUUCUUAUUAACUAGGUAUCACCGGCGCCGGCUCAACCUCUAGUUAUAGUUAGUUGCAAGCAUCACAUAGUUUUCGGUAUUGGACUCGUGAUUCUUAGCUUGAAAAAUCAUAUAAAAAUAUUUCAAAAUAUCAAUAAUAUGAUUGUUGUCCAGGUGCUUCCAUUAA